AUGAUGGAGGAAGGAAGGAUGACGCGGAAGGAGACCAAUAAGGAGGAAACUGGAGAUGAAGGGGAAUGGGAAAAAAAGGAAACGAUGAAAGUUCAUUGGUCAAUUUGGUACUUGCUGAAGAGGCAGGAGUGGGAAGAGAGGAAACGAAGGUAUGCUGAAUUCAUAAAACCCACGGUUGGGCCAGUAAGUUUUUACGGAAGCUCUCGAAACGCGCAAAGCGUUCGUUCAUUGCCGUUUCGUCACAUAUUGUUGGACCUAAAAGGACAUCAUGGGCAUCUUCAUCGCCAUCAUCGUUGCCUGUAUAUCAGUGUGUUAACGGCCAUACAUCGUAUAUGA